GAUUACAGUGCACGUGCUGUUGGUCCUGUAUCACCUUGCAGUAGUGAGUGAUAAUGGUGUGCUGGCGAAGUGGCGCACGAGACGAGGCGCACAGGAACUUUGUACAUAUUUUAUAAUAUAAAUAUAUAUAUUCAAGCGUAAGGUCUUGUCUCAAAUAUGAAGUACAUCUUGGUCACUGGUGGUGUUAUAUCCGGAAUUGGUAAAGGGAUUAUUGCCAGCAGUGUGGGAACAAUCCUCAAAUCCUGCGGUCUCCGUGUCACCGCCAUCAAAAUUGAUCCUUACAUUAAUAUCGAUGCAGGCACCUUCUCUCCCUAUGAACACGGUGAAGUGUUUGUGCUGGAUGAUGGUGGUGAAGUUGACCUGGAUUUGGGAAACUACGAACGCUUUCUGGAUAUCCGGCUAACCAAAGACAACAACCUGACUACGGGGCAGAUUUAUCAGUCUGUUAUAACAAAAGAGAGGAGAGGAGAUUAUCUUGGCAAAACUGUGCAAGUGGUUCCACACAUCACCGAUGCCAUUCAGGAACGGGUGAUGCACCAAGCCAAAGUUUCAGUGGAUGAUGAUGGGGUCGAGCCACAAGUCUGUGUCAUAGAGUUAGGAGGCACCGUGGGAGACAUUGAAAGCAUGCCGUUCAUAGAAGCCUUCAGGCAGUUCCAGUUUAAAGUGAAACGUGAGAACUUCUGCAACAUUCACGUCAGUCUUGUUCCUCAGCCAAGUACUACAGGAGAGCAGAAGACUAAACCUACUCAAAACAGCGUGCGAGAGCUCCGUGGUCUGGGCCUGUCACCUGACCUGAUCGUUUGUCGUUGUUCAACUCCUCUGGACACGGCAGUGAAAGAGAAGAUCUCCAUGUUUUGUCAUGUAGAGCCAGAGCAGGUCAUCUGCGUACAUGACGUGUCUUUGGUCUAUAGAGUUCCACUGCUCAUGGAGGAUCAGGGAGUAAUGGAUUUUUUUUGCAGACGGCUGAACUUGCCCAAUGUGAGUAAACCCCACAGGAUGCUCACCAAGUGGAAAGAAAUGUCAGAUAGAACUGACAGACUUUUGGAAAGCACAUCGAUAGCUUUAGUUGGAAAGUACACCAGAUUUUCAGAUUCCUACGCAUCAGUGAUUAAAGCACUGGAGCAUUCUGCCCUUGCCAUCAACUACAAACUCGAGUUGAAAUUCAUAGACUCUACCGAUUUGGAGAAAAACACAGAGCAGGAAGACCCGGUGAAGUAUCAUGAGGCCUGGCAGAAGCUUUGCAGUGCUGAUGGUGUUUUGGUACCAGGAGGCUUUGGAGUACGAGGCACUGAGGGAAAGAUUCUUGCUAUUAACUGGGCAAGAAAACGGAAAAAGCCUUUCUUAGGUGUUUGUCUGGGCAUGCAGCUCGCCGUGUGUGAAUUUGCUCGUAAUGUGCUUGGCUGGAAAGAUGCUAACUCCACUGAAUUCGACCCUGACACUAAGUAUCCUGUUGUGAUUGAAAUGCCAGAACAUAAUCCAGGACAAAUGGGUGGUACGAUGAGGUUGGGGAAAAGACGAACCAUCUUCAAAAGCACCUCAAGUAUUCUCAGAAAAUUGUAUGGAGAUGCUGAAUAUGUUGAUGAACGACACAGACAUCGUUUUGAGGUGAAUCCAGAGCUAAAGCACCACUUGGAGGAAAAAGGCCUUCACUUUGUGGGUCAGGACCAGGAGGGCGAACGAAUGGAAAUCAUUGAAAUCGAAGAUCAUGCUUACUUUGUGGGAGUGCAGUACCAUCCGGAGUUCACCUCUCGCCCCAUUAAGCCUUCACCUCCCUACUUUGGCCUGCUUUUAGCAGCUGCAGGAAAACUACAGAACUACCUGCUCAAAGGAUGCAGACUUUCACCACGAGACACGUACAGUGACCACAGUGGCAGUAGUUCUCCAGACUUGGACCUUUCUGAACUUAAAUUCCCUUCAACCUCAAAGAAGGAAUCUGCUCACACGCAGUGGACAUAAAAGGAAACUGAACACUUCUUACAUUUAUCUUCACCUGAAGAGAAGAGACUGUUUCCUUUUGGAGGUUUAAUAUUUUAUGCCCUCACUAUAGCACAAAACAAAAUGUAUUAAUGAGCUCAAGUAAUAAAAAAAAAAAGUUAUUUAAAUAUGAAAGUUUAAAUGACAAUCUUGGGGUCUGAAUAAAUAUUUGUCUGAACAUGUUUUGCACAUGUAGAAAGGUACCAUGAAUAAUACAUGAUGCAUUUUUACAUAAACAAUACAAAGGUUUUAUUAUGCCAUAAUAAAGUGGAACUGGUGAUCCAAGCCUUAUUUUAAAACCUGAUAUCGUAUCACUAAUUAGCACACUGUUUAGCCCUUUUAUUUUUUUAUGGUUCUGUGCUCACUUUUUUAAAGGACUAGUCUUUAUACGAAUGAAAAUGUCUGCCUAAUAUUAAACACAAUACCUACAAAUAUAUCUGUAUGAGGUAGCAGUGAAAAGCACAGAAGCUUGUAGGAACUUUAGUGUCUGUGAAAUCAGAUCUUUUGAAAUCUGGUACUUAGACUUUAGAUGUUAUUUAUCUUUUAUUAAUAUGUAAACUCAGGGGAAUUUUAAUAAUGUAAGGAAACACAGAUAUUCGGUUGGUACGGAUUUUAAAGCUCAUGAACAACGUUGCUCAUUUGGUUCUUUUGGUGUUCUCUAAACAGGCCAUUUAUGGCUAAUAAACCUGAUUCUGAUUUACUGGUUGUUGCUGUGAUAAUAAAGCUAUGAAAUACAGUUUA